CCUGACCCUUGUACAAGUUGUACUGAAUUCUCUCACCAAGUCGGUUCAAACGAAGUUAUGGUACGUCUUAGCAAUAGUAGCUUGUUGUCUGUCCUUUGUUGCCUUUGUUUAAACAUAGGCGUUGUUGCUGUAGACACCAUCAGGUCUUCCCAAUCCAUCAAAGACAGAGACUCUGACUAUAUGAUCUCCAAUGGAAGUGUUUUCAAACUGGGAUUCUUCAGCCCACUAAACUCUUCCAACCGCUACCUGGGGAUAUGGUAUAGCAACAUUUCUGCAUUCACAGUCGUAUGGGUAGCGAACAGACAGAAACCCGUCAACGAUUCUUCUGGAGUUCUUACUAUAUCUGAGGACGGCAACCUUGUAGUAUUAAAUGGACAAAAGGAGAUUCUUUGGUCAUCGAAUGUUAACAACUCUGUUGCCAAUUCAAGUGCCCAGCUUUCAGAUUCGGGGAACCUCGUCUUAAAAGAAAACACUAUAGGGCCAAUCCUAUGGGAGAGUUUCAAAAAUCCUUCUCAUAUAAGCUUACCCGGUAUGAAAAUUAGUACUAAUGAAAGAACAGGUGAGAAAGUGCAGUUGACAUCAUGGAAAAGCCCUUCUGAUCCAUCCAUUGGAAGCUACUCUACCGGAAUUUCUCGACAAAGUUUUACUCAGUCUUUCAUUUGGAAAGAUAGUAGCCCAUAUUACCGCAGUGGUCCAUGGAAUGGUCAGAUGUUCAUUGGAACACCAAUAACUCCUGCAUUUUUUGACAGAUAUAGUCUUGUAGAUAAUCAAGAUGGAACUUCUUAUUUUACUGCAUCUUUUGUCAAUGAUUCUUUGUCACACGUUGUCCUGACUACCCAAGGGAAUGUAGAGGCAAGACAUUGGGAUAAUGAGAAGGAGGUUUGGGAGGUUAUGUGGAAAGCUAUGCACAGUGUGUGUGAUGUUUAUGGUACGUGUGGUGCAUUUGGAAGCUGUAAUUCAAUGAAUUCCCCAAUUUGCAGUUGUUUAGAGGGGUUUGAGCCAAUUUGCAGUUGUUUAGAGGGGUUUGAGCCAAAGAACGCAGAAGAAUGGAAUAGACAAAAUUGGACUAGUGGAUGUGUGAGGAGGACACCGUUGCAGUGUGGGAGGGUGAACACCAGUGGUGAAGCCGGCAAAAUGGAUGGGUUUAUGAAACUGAACAUGGUGAAGGUGCCAGACUUUGUAGAAUGGUCAGUUGCUCAAAAAGAUGAUUGCAGGCAGCAAUGUUUACAGAACUGUUCUUGUAUAGCUUAUGCAUUUGAUUCAGGCACAGGUUGUAUGACAUGGACUCGAAGCUUAAUUGACACACAGAAAUUCUCUAGCACCAGCGGAGUUGACCUUUAUAUUCGUGUUGCCCAUUCAGAACUUGAUACAAAGGGAGAUGUGAGGAAAAUUGUCACUAUUACAGUGAUCAUAGGAACGAUUUUUAUUUCAUUCUUCACGUACUUAUUGUGGAGGUGGAUGGCUAAACACAAAGCAAGAAGAAAGAAAGCGAAGGGGUUGUUAAUGUUAAACAGAGAAGCACAUAACAAAUUUUCAAGUGAAGACAUGCUUGGAGACAAUCUGAACCAAGUUAAAGUCCAGGAGCUAAAACUAUUCGAUUUUGUGACGCUAGCAAGUGCAACAAACAACUUCCAUGAAUCUAACAAGCUUGGGCAGGGUGGAUAUGGUCCCGUAUACAGAGGAAAAUUGUCAGAUGUGCAAGAAAUUGCAAUAAAAAGACUUUCCAGAACUUCUGGACAAGGGUUGGAAGAGUUUAUGAAUGAGGUGGUAGUAAUUUCUAAGCUCCAACAUCGGAAUCUUGUUAGGCUCCUUGGCUGUUGUGUCGAAGGAGAAGAGAGGGCGUUGAUCUAUGAAUACAUGCCAAACAAAAGUUUGGAUGCAUUUCUCUUCGAUUCACCCAAAGAAAUACGACUAGAUUGGAGAAAACGCUUCAACAUUAUAGAAGGAAUUGGUCUGCUAUAUCUUCACAGGGAUUCUAGAUUAAAAAUUAUUCAUAGAGAUCUAAAGGCAAGUAACAUCUUGUUGGAUAAAGAUCUAAAUCCAAAAAUAUCAGAUUUUGGUAUGGCCCGGAUUUUUAGAAGUAAUGAAGACCAGGCUAAUACUAAUAGGGUCGUUGGAACUUAUGGCUAUAUGUCUCCUGAAUAUGCAAUGGAAGGGCGAUUUUCAGAGAAAUCAGACAUCUUCAGCUUUGGAGUGUUGUUACUAGAGAUACUUAGUGGAAGAAAAAACUCUAGCUUUUAUCAUGAUGAGCAACCUAUGAGCCUUUUAGGACAUGCAUGGAAAUUGUGGAAAGCAGACAACAUUGUCGCUUUAAUAGACCCAUUGAUAUUUGAACCAUGCUAUGAAAUGGAAAUUUUGAGAUGCAUACAUGUUGGCCUGUUGUGUGCGCAAGAAUUUGCCAAAGAUAGGCCAACUGUAUCUACUGUAAUUUCUAUGCUUAAAAGUGAGAUUGUUGAUCUUCCCCGUCCAAAGAAGCCAGCAUUUACUGAAAUGCAGAUUGGGCUAGAUACAGAGUCCUCUAAACUUAGCCAAAGAAAAUGCUCAGCUAACAAUGUUACUAUUACAAUGAUUCAAGGUCGAUAGGUAGCAUGUGUUAUUGACAUCAUCAUGUUGUGGUUUGAUAUUCAUUUUGAAAACUUUCCUAAGAAUCUCAUAUGUUGUAAAUACAAACUUUUCUAUCA